AUGAAGAACUGUACAUUAGAAGAGUUCGUGGGAACAUGUCACACAGAGUGCAUCUUACCAGACGACUUGGGUCGGAGCUGCGGCAACAGCAAAGCACCCUCGUCCGCAGUAGAUUUGGUCCGCGGCGGGUUCCAGCCGCGCCUUCCGACUUCGCUGCCGCCCCCAGGGCAGCAGCAGCAGCCGUCGCCGCUACCACGCCGACAGCCCGUCCCGUGGAUGCCUCCCGCGCAGCUUCAUCCGGGAGCGCCCCAGGUGGUCGCUCCGGCGCCUGCGGUCCCUCUUCAGUCGCCACCGCCUUCGGAGCUGAUGGACGUCGACCCCUCAGCCUUCCCAAGCGGUGGCUGUGCAGCCUGUCCUGCAGCCGCUUUCCUUGGGCAUCCCCAAGGAGUCUGA